UUAAUUCCGUCCACGAUUUCAGAGUUUCAAACGGCGAACCUGGCGUCUCCCCUAAUCUUGGCUGGGGCUUUCCCUGACCGCUUCUCUCACUUUCCUACCUUCACCUCCACACUUCUCUCUCUCUCACCUCAAUAUUUCAUUCUUAUUCACCCCGAUUAUAAAUGGAUUUUUCAUUUCUAUUUUUGUUUAUUUUCCUCCCUCUCUUUCCUCCCCGGAUUUUUCACCAUACUCAUGGCAACGGAUUUUAUCAAACACCCUUUAAUCUUUUCCUGUUGUUUCUUCACUUGCUUUUCUGUUUCUUAGCACCAGAAGGCAGAAUCUUGGAGAAUGAUCGCUCUUGUGGGAUCGUUAAUUCAGGGAAAGCCCAUCGUCGCCGAUUUUUGGAGGGUAUCUUACAGCACAGCUGGUGAUUUUGUGAAAGCGUACAGCAUAUCAUAUGAGUCAUAAACCACCAGAAGAAAGUACCUGUGAGCAUGAUAAGAUGGAGGCUGAUGCUGGAAGUUCUACCACAACAAUUUCUAGUGAAUCUCGUGAGAUGAAGAAACCAGAGCAAAAUAAAAGUAGUAAUCCUGAUCACGUUUCAAGUGAACCUAUACUUGCAGAUCCCAAUUCCCAAGUAAUUUCUUCUUCAACUUAUAAAUCUCCUAAUGAAUUUAGAAGAACCGAGGCAACAAGUGGUGCACUUCCAUGCCCACUACCCAGUCCAAGAAAAUUUACAAAUGUUGAUACUCAGAUAAGUACGAAUCCAGGUUUAGCACCUGUCUUAUCACCUAAUACAAAGACAAGCAAUGCCAAGAGUAGCACACCAUUACCAAUUACUAGUCAGGGCUGGGCCAGUGGUAGCAGCAACCGCAGUAAUAGCUUAGACAGUUCAGGUGCACCUCUGAAGCCCCACACUGGUGGUGAUGUUAGAUGGGAUGCCAUUACUUCUGCUUCUUCAAAAGAUUCCCCUCUUGGUCUUACCAAUUUUCGGCUCCUGAAGCGGCUUGGUUAUGGAGACAUUGGAAGUGUAUACCUUGUUGAACUUCGAGGAACAAAUGCCUUCUUUGCCAUGAAAGUUAUGGAUAAAGGUACUCUUGCCAGCAGAAAUAAACUACUUCGAGCUCAAACAGAAAGAGAGAUCCUUGGUCUUCUUGACCACCCUUUCUUACCGACCUUGUAUACUUAUUUUGAGACUGAGAAGUUCUAUUGCUUGGUUAUGGAAUUCUGCAGUGGAGGUAACCUUCAUACUCUUCGGCAAAAGCAGCCCAACAAGCAUUUUACAGAGGAAGCUGCUAGAUUUUAUGCAUCAGAGGUCUUGUUGGCACUUGAAUAUCUGCAUAUGCUAGGAAUUGUUUACAGAGAUCUGAAGCCAGAAAAUGUUCUAGUGAGAGAAGAGGGUCAUAUCAUGCUUUCCGACUUUGACCUCUCACUUCGCUGCUCUGUCAAUCCAACACUUGUAAAGUCUUCAUCUGUUCAUGGUGGAAAUCAAGGUGAGAUUAUUGGUGGCAUCUUAGAUGACGACAAUGCAGUCCGCGGUUGUAUGCAGCCGUCAUCUUUUCUCCCACGCCUCCUCCCUAAAAAGAAUCGUAAAGCCAAAUCUGAUUUUGGGCUGGGAAAUAAUGUCAACUCACUUCCUGAGCUCAUGGCUGAGCCAACAAACGUACGCUCCAUGUCUUUCGUCGGCACACAUGAAUAUCUAGCUCCAGAGAUCAUUCGUGGAGAGGGCCAUGGCAGUGCAGUGGAUUGGUGGACAUUUGGUAUUUUCUUGUAUGAGCUCAUACACGGAACGACCCCUUUCAAGGGUUCUGGAAAUCGUGCCACGCUAUUCAAUGUGGUUGGCCAACCACUAAAGUUUCCAGAAGCUCCACAGGCGAGCUUUAUGGCCAGAGAUCUCAUAAAAGGGCUGUUGGUGAAGGAACCGCACAAGCGAAUUGCAUACAAGAGGGGCGCUACGGAAAUAAAACAGCAUCCUUUCUUUGAGGGUGUGAACUGGGCUCUUGUGAGAAGUGCCGUGCCUCCAUACAUUCCUGAACCAGUAGAUUUUUCGCAGUUUGCCAGUAAAGAUUCUGUUCAUCACGACAAGAAGAUUGCAGAGAUCACACACGAUAAGACCAAAAGCACCUCCAUUGAUUCUUCUUAUGUUGAAUUUGAGUAUUUCUAGGACUCAAACUCGGACUCUUGAUUAUGUUAUUGUGAUGUAUACAUCUUGUGAGAGAAAUUUUGUACAAAGUAAUUGGCAGUUUAACACUGUUA